AUGGCGCAUCAACUGGCACCGUCUGUAAAUUGUUCGUUAGACGACAUUGACCUCGGUGCACUAAAGGACCCAGCUGGUAUCUUCGAACUUAUUGAAGUUGUGGGAAAUGGCACGUAUGGCCAGGUGUACAAGGGUCGCCACACAAAGACAGGUCAACUUGCUGCUAUCAAAGUUAUGGAUGUCACACAAGAUGAAGAGGAAGAAAUAAAACUUGAGAUAAAUGUCCUAAAAAAAUAUUCUAACCACCGUAACAUUGCCACUUACUAUGGAGCAUUUAUAAAAAAAACCCCAUCUGGUAAAGAUGAUCAAUUAUGGUUGGUUAUGGAGUAUUGUGGUGCUGGAUCUGUGACUGAUUUAGUAAAAUCAACUAAGGGCCAGUCACUGAAAGAAGAAUGGAUUUCCUACAUUUGCAGAGAGAUUUUAAGAGGUCUCAGCUAUUUACAUUCUAACAAAGUUAUUCAUCGAGAUAUAAAAGGACAGAAUGUCUUACUUACUGAUAAUGCUGAAGUAAAACUUGUUGAUUUUGGUGUAUCAGCACAACUAGACAGAACUAUUGGUAGGAGAAACACAUUUAUUGGUACACCAUAUUGGAUGGCACCUGAAGUAAUUGCAUGUGAUGAGAACCCUGAUGCCACAUAUGACAACCGCUCUGACCUCUGGUCUCUUGGUAUCACUGCACUUGAGAUGGCUGAAAGUCAACCACCUCUUUGUGAUCUUCAUCCUAUGAGAGCACUUUUCCUUAUUCCAAGGAACCCGCCGCCCCGUUUAAAAUCUAAAAAAUGGGCAAAGAAGUUUCACAGUUUUAUUGAAACUGUGCUUGUGAAAGAUUAUCAUCAACGACCCUACACUGAACAACUUCUAAAGCAUCCUUUUAUAAGGGAUCAACCAACAGAAAGACAAGUUAGAAUACAACUUAAAGAUCACAUAGAUAGGUGUAAAAAGAGAAAACAAGACAACUCAGUGAGAGAGGAGUACAAAUAUUCAGGUUCAGAAGGUGAAGAAGAAGACAAUGCGGUAGCAGGUGAACCAUCUUCUAUUGUGCAUAAUGCCGCUGCACAUCAGACUAGUGAUACAUUAAGACGUAACUUCCAACAAAUACAAGAAGGAAGUGCUGGUGCAGAAGGUCAACCGCAACCUCCACCUAAGAGAAACAGUAAACGCGAGGAGCGAGAGGAAAUUCCGGAACCUGGCCCACCCGCAAGGCCAUCCAUUCCACAAAGACUGAUUGUUGUGCCAGACCCACAGGCACAACAGCCUAAUAGAUAUAGGCCUCUCCCUCCCACACCCAAAUCGUCGGGCUCAUCGAACAGCUCAGGCUCCAACAACGGCACUCCCCCCGCCAGUGGUCCGCAACCGCCGCAGCGUGGUUCACAUCACAUGUUCAAACCCAUGCUUCCUCCGCGAAGACCAGAGGACUUGGACAAACUGGCUGCGCAGCUUAACGAACUCGGCGUUGUAUCGGGUAAUGAACCACCGAAUCGGCCGCCACGGGCGCCUACCAAUGGCCAAGGACCACCAUUGGAGAGAAAUCCUCCGGAGCCGCCAUUUGAAGACUCUGACAGCGAUUCUGACGCAGAAGAAAGCGGGGGAAGAGUUCGCAAUGAUGGUACUCUGCUUGCCAGUGAUCCCCCCAAACCACUGCCGGGGCUGGCGGCGGUGUCGGAGGACGGCGCGGCGGCGGGCGGCGCGCCCACGCGGCCGCUGCCGCCCACGCCCGACGACGACGACGCGCACCCCGACCGCACGCUCGUCAUGAAGCGGAAGGAGAUCGCUGAAAGCGAUAAAAGGCAAUCCUACGUUGACGAGGCUGUUCUGCUGAAGGAUUGGGACUUCGCUAGAUUUUUUCCUUCAAAGUCCAUGGAAAAAGAGGAAAAACAAGACAUGUCAAAGGAGACUGAACAAAAGCGAGCGCAACUGCAGCGUCAGUCCAGAAUCGAAAUGGACGACGCUUGGGUGAAAUAUAAGGCUAUCGCGACACCGCCUUCUCGCCACAAGCAAAUAGUUCACAAACCCAACGAGAAAUCACCUCAAGAGAAACUUUCAGAUAUGCUUAAAUAUAAAAAGGAACAGGAGUCGGAGUUAAACUCUCCAAACCGAUUCUUUAGAGGGUUCCGCCGGGAAAAUUCCGAUCUUUUUCCGUUACCAAGCACACGUCAUUCUGCUAUUUACUUCCCGAAGCAUGAAAAUCAAGUAGGAGGGAACAAACAGUUAAGAUCUAGCGGUAUUUUCAAUCCUUCGCGUAAGCAAAUUACGAAGCCUGCUACUUCGGGAGAGCCGAUACUAACAGACUUCAUAAAAAUGAAUGACAGUCUCAAGAUAUCGCAAGUGGAAAACAAAAAGAAUGCGGCUAAAAAAUCAGCCAACAAUCCUAUAGAGGCGUUAAAAAAUGUCGCAAUUCUGAUUAGGCAAGAAAGCGAAAACAAUGGUGCGAGUCGCCAGAGUAGCAUCAAUAGUGACUCUCCGGCGACUAGCAUUUGCUUUAGUAGCGGCACGUCAUUCGAAAAAAAUGGCACUCUCGAUCUCACAGCUGAUACGCUUGAAAACAAAUCCCAAGAUAAGAAUUUCGACUCGAAUAAUGUAGUCAAACCUCGACGGGAAAAGACGGAAUCGGACAUUGUAUUCCGGAGAAAUUGUCACUAUAACCGAAACACUGACGUAAUGGGAAGUUGUGGGCAGGAAGCGGUACUCGCACAGGAUCAGGGUCGGUCAAGUGGUGCGAAUGAAGGAAGUGGAUCACGAACUAGCUCCGUUCUCCCGGAUUUGCUUAGUCAAGCCGGACAACCAACCACUCCACCGCGUCUCGACAAAUCAACCAGCGAAGAGUACAGGCAAGCCAUUGCUGGAGGCCCCCACCAUCAUCAUCAUCCUCUCCCUUCCUCCGUUCAAUCUACUCCAUCCAAGUCUUUCGUAUCUGGAGCAGCUUCACCGCACCCUCUUCAGCAUUCCCCCUCUAACUCCUCUGUGGGCUCCCAACAACAGUUCCUCCCCUUGCAACAGAAGCAGCGUUCGUUUCUUACAUUCGGGUUCGGUGCGGGAUCGACUGGCAGUGGCACUGGUGGAUCGGGUGGCAACGCGUCACGUCGUGAGAGUCACGUCAAUGUUAACGUUACGCCUACUGGGCACGACCUAUCCUCGGACACGCCCGAAAUACGCAAAUACAAGAAGAGAUUUAAUUCAGAAAUACUGUGUGCUGCUUUAUGGGGGGUGAAUUUACUCAUUGGCACGGAAAAUGGUUUAAUGCUACUCGAUCGCUCUGGUCAAGGAAAAGUCUAUCAAUUGAUCUCACGACGCCGCUUCCAACAAAUGGAAGUAUUAGAGGGACAAAAUAUUCUUGUAACUGUAUCUGGAAAGAAGAACAGAGUUCGUGUCUAUUACCUUAGUUGGCUAAAGUCAAAAAUUUUACGCACAGAUGGCCUUAGUGACCAAGUUGAGAGGCGAAAUGGCUGGAUAAAUGUAGGAGAACUACAGGGUGCUGUGCAUUUUCGAAUUGUUAAAUAUGAGCGAAUCAAAUUUUUGGUAAUUGCUCUUAAAGAUUCAAUAGAAAUUUAUGCAUGGGCACCAAAACCGUAUCACAAAUUUAUGGCAUUUAAAAGUUUUGGCGAUUUGCAACACAGGCCUUUAUUAGUUGAUCUUACUAUUGAAGAAGGCACAAGACUGAAAGUUAUCUAUGGGUCAGCAGAUGGAUUCCAUGCUGUCGAUCUUGAUACAGCAAGUGUUUAUGAUAUUUAUAUUCCAAAACAUACACAGGGAGCUAUUAUUCCUCAUUGCAUUGUUCCACUGCCCAAUUCCAAUGGUGUGCAACUACUACUUUGUUAUGAUAAUGAGGGUGUUUAUGUUAAUACCAAUGGACGAAUUAGCAAGAAUAUAGUGCUUCAGUGGGGUGAAAUGCCAACUUCGGUUGCAUACAUUGGCACAGGUCAAAUAAUGGGUUGGGGCAAUAAAGCAAUUGAAAUACGCUCGGUAGAAAGUGGACACCUGGACGGUGUGUUCAUGCACAAAAAAGCACAACGACUUAAAUUUCUGUGUGAGCGUAACGACAAAGUAUUCUUUUCCUCUGCCAAGGGUGGGUCUUCUUGUCAAAUAUACUUCAUGACUCUCAAUAAGCCUGGAAUGGCUAAUUGGUAG